AUGAACCCAUAUCAUCAUUACAUCCUAACAGGUAUUAUUGAAGACUAAGAUGAUUUAUCCUCAGUUAAAUAGGAAGAAUGUUCAUAAUUCUAAUAUUAUGAAGAACAACCUUAAUUUAUUACUUAUGAGAAUUCUAAUCUUUGUUAAAUUGUUUCUUCAAUACUCAACUUAAAUGAAGAAUAUGUUGAUUGGUUUGCUCGUAAUAAACCUAUUGAAUUUGAAUCAAUGAUGCUUAAAGCAAAACGCAAAUUUUAUAGAGACAAAGCUAAAUUCCGUAUGUAAAUCCUAUAACCUCAUCUCUAUUCAAAUCAAUAACCUUAAGAACCAAAAAAAGCUAAAAGAGGAAGAAAACCUAUCAAAUGUGCUGAAAAACAAUUUGUUGAAGAUAAUAGUGAUCAGUAUCACUUAUUCUUAUUUUAGUGAUAAAAAAACGAUACAAAUGAUAAGAAAUCGUAUAUCUGCAUAGAAUUCUAGAGAUAGAAAAAAAGCUUAUCUUAAAGAACUUGAAUAGAGUAGUGCAUUAACAAGUAGAGAAAAUGAUUUAAUUCUAAAAUAAAUAGAAGAUCUCUUAGUUACUAAUGAAGAAAUGGAAAUAUAAAAUAAUAAUAUUCUCAAAGUAAAAAAUAUUUAAUCUAUUUUAGUGUAUCAAAGUAUUUAAAUAACAAUGUUAAGAAUCUGAUGAAUAAUUUGCUUAAGAAAUACUAAAAUAAUUAGAAUAAUUCUAAAGUGAUACUGAAUCAAAUACAUCCAAAAAAGUUAAAUUAAAUUGA